ACGACGAGGACGACGAGAUGAUGAUCAUUUUCGGUGUUGCCAUGUUGCCAGGGUGAACAGCACCUCACUUAACGUACUGUGAAUGGAGUUAAAUAAGCAAGAGUGGAAGUGUGCGAGUGAGGGUUCCCCAACUCUGGUUGGUUGGUUGGUUGGUUGGUAGAGGCUAGGACACUAACCAAUUUACGGUUGUCAUUGUUGAUGCUCUCGGUCCGAGGAGAAUGUACAAGUGGUUGCGGCAAAACAUGCAUUCACCCUCGACUGUUUUACGGACGACAUCAACAACACAACCACCCCUCCAUGGGUGAUGGUUGGUAGUGAAGAUGGUUCGAUGUCCUGUACGGGACCGAGGCCUACGGGAUCACUCAUUCCAAUAAACCACCAACACCCUGAAAGGAUAAAAAGGCGACGACACAUCCCGAAGUGAAUUAGUCGUUCUUAAGUUAUCCGUAGCAUCAUGAGUAUUCGGCAGGAAAACAUGUGGCUGCUAUUCGUCGUUCUUGUGAUCGCCGUUGUUAACGGACAGAACAACCGGUUCAACAACCAAUUCCAAAACAACAACAAUAACAACAACCGAUUUGUGAGCAAUGGAAGAUUCGUGCCCCAAAACAACGUCCCCGUUCGUAACAACAACAACAAUUUCAACAAUAAUGUUCCCAGGAACAAUGUUGUUAACGUUGUGAGCAACAAUAACAACAACUUCAGAGCCACCCCCGCCGAUGCUCGGGACGCAAGAGGAACCGAGGUCUACCCAGGAUGCAACGGGACCGUGUGCUUGCCCGAGGCCAACUUGUGUGCCCUUCGAAAGCAGAAACCUGGACACUUCCAACAUCAAGGCAACAGUUACUGGUUUUCCAUGGCCUCCAGCGAGAACGCCCUGCGAAACGCCCGAUGGAAUUGGUUCACUGGGCGGAACUACUGCCGUAAGAUGUGCAUGGACAUGGUCUCGUUCGAGAACCAAGCCGAGGAGAACUUUGUUGAAGACAUCCUGAGGCGAACCAACGUGGACAAUAUCCAUCUGGCUGGUCGGCUUUGUGAUGCUGAAGUUGAGGGUUGCAACCAAACUCGUUUCCAACCACUCCAAAUCAACGGCUGGUUCUGGGCGUCUACUUUGAAGAUGAUGCCUCCCACGAACCAGGCAUCCAACAAUCAAGUCUUUAACAACUGGGCAUCUGGUCAACCCAACGGCGCUCUUAAGUCAGAUGGAUUUGGCUUGGAGGCUUGUUUGGCUCUUCGAGCUCAAGGGGGCGUGUUCAAGUGGUACGACGAAGCUUGCAAUACCCGACGCCAUCUCGUGUGCGAAGAUCUGCCGGCUCCUAACAUCAACUUUGUUCGCAACCAGAACCCUGGAGUUAACAUUCCCUAAAUUGAAGAUUCGGCAGGCAUCGAUUUUUCCAACACUUUUUUAAUCAUUGGUUUAUCGAAUCUCGUGGAUAGUUGGAUUUGAGCAAGUUUUUACCGCCGUAAAUUAUUCCCGUUUUUAAUAAUAAACGACGAUUUCAUACUCCCAGGCACAAACUA